AUGCAAACGUCGGAUAUUACGCUACGGAUCAGCCAGGUGACACGAGAACGUGAUAACAAACGAGAAAAGGAAAGAAAUUUAAUUACAGGCUUUCUUAAAAUUAACCUCAAGUCUCGUUGGGUUCCGCGAUGGCUUUGUUCAUCUCUUUCAUUCAUUUUUCUUUCUUGCCUUCUUUCUUUUCUUUCUUUCUUUCUUUCUUUCUUUCUUUCACUUUUCUUUCUUUCUUGCCUUCUUUCUUUCUUUCUUUCAUUCAUUUUUCUUUCUUUCAUUUUUCUUUCUUUCUUGCCUCCUUUCUUUUCUUUCCUUUCUUUCUUUCUUUCUUUCUUUCUUUCUUUCUUUCUUUCUUCCCUUCUUUCUUUUCUUUCUUUCUUUCAUUCAUUUUUCUUUCUUUCAUUUUUCUUUCUUUCAUUUUUCUUUCUUUCUCGCCUCCUUUCUUUUUUUUCUUUCUUUCUUUCUUUCGUUUUUCUUUCUUUCUUCCCUUCUUUCUUUCUUUCUUUCGUUUUUCUUUCUUUCUUGCCUUCUUUUUUUUCUUUCUUUCUUUCAUUCAUUUUUCUUUCUUUCUUUUCUUUCUUUCAUUCAUUUCUCUUUCUUGCUUUUCUUUAUUUCUUGCUGUCCUGCGCGGACCAAAUGUGA